AUGGCCGUCAUCCUCGACUCCCUCCAGUUCGCCCUGGGCAGACUCCUAUAUCCCAUUCGAGGCCAUGACUCGCGCCAGAUCAUCCAUGACCAGGCAUUCAAAGACGUCCCCAAACCAAACAUGUCCUUGGAGGCCCCAGAAUGUGGCCCAUCUGGCUCGAAACUGCUCCCCCAACACACUUGUCUGGCAGAAGAUCGAAUCGGUUGCUUGCCCAACCUGCUCUGGACGGCCCCCGAAUGCAACGAGUCUGUGCAAGAGUACCUCUUGAUCUGUGAAGACAUUGAUCUCCCAAUCCCGUGUCUCGUCAUUCACCAUGGUCUUUUCUGGGCUAUUCCACCUUCAGCCAACACCGCAACCCCGGCGGACGUCAAGGAAGUGGAUAGAUCGGCCAAAUCACGCCAAACGGCAGCUGGCUGGCGGUUUAUCCCAAACCCUCUAGGCACAGCAUACGGCGGAGCUGGGGCACCCUAUGGUCAUGGAAGCCAUCGCUAUGUCUAUACAAUUGUCGCGCUGAACGCCCGCCUGGAGUUUCGACACCCCGAAAAGGUCACCAAGAACGACAUCAAACGCGCGAUGGUCGGCAAGGUUGUCGGCUGGGGCCAGUGGAUCGGUACCUUUGAACGCACCUGGUCCUGA